AGUUUGCCAUUAGUUUGUAAAACAAGUCAGCAGCUAUGAUUAUAAACAUCCUGUUUUUAAUCGUAUUCAGUAGAGAGAUUUUAACAGGUUUAUCGUGCAAUGCAAACGAGUUUGAAUGUGACAAUGGAAACUGUACUGCUAGCACAUCAAGAUGUAACAACAACUUUGAUUGUGCGGACAAUUCAGACGAGUUAAAUUGUAUAGUCAUUGCUCCUUGCCCAGAAGGAGGACAUAGGUGUGAUUCCGGAGUCUGUGCAGCCAAUGUAGCAGCUUGUCCUAAUGAUUCGUCAUCAUUACAAGUAUCAACCGAUUUAGACCCGUCAACGUCAAUGUUUACAGAAUCGACAACGUCAGCAAUGUAUACCAAAUCUAUAAUGCCAUCAUUGAUUAGCGAAUUUACGGCAGCAGUAUUAUUUUCCACAUCCACAGCAGCAGCAUCAUUCAUCGAUUCAACUUUGUCACAAUCUGUCUUCGAAACAGUUGUAUUAUUAUCUACAGAUGAAACAAUGUUAGCUUCAUUAUCAAAUACACAGACAAUUGUUUCACAUUCUACAGCACAAACUGUUUCAUAUUUACUCGCUGAAUCAACAAUGUUAUAUUCAAUCUCAAUCGAACCAACAUCGUCAUUUCUCUCUACCGAAUCAGCAGUUCCUUUGUCAAUCGAAUCGCCAGUUUCAUCAAUGUAUACCGACUUAACAGUUUUUCUUAGCGAUUCUACAGCCUCAUCAGGUAUAACCGAUUCACAACUUCCCUUUGAAACAACUGUUCAAUCUUCAUUCUCAGUGGUACAAACAUUAAUAGUAUCGUCACUUUCUAUCAAAUCAACAAUAUCAUCUACAUUGUCAAUCGAACCAACAACAUCGAUAGUUUCCACUGAACAAAUAGUUCCAGUAUCAUCUACUGAAUCAACUAUCCAAUCUUCAGUGUCAACCGAACAAACAUUAUCACUACUUUCUAUAGAAUCAACAGUUCAAUCAUCAUCGAAUGAACAAACAGUUCAGUUUUUGUCGAUUGAAUCAACAGGAUCAUCUCCAGUGUCAAUAGUGACAUCUUCAAUGUCGAUUGAACAAAUACUGUCAUCACUGUCUUUAGAAUCAACAGUUCAAUUAUCAUCGACUGAAUCAACAGUUCAAUUAUCAUCAACUGAUUCUACAGUUCAAUUAUUAUCAAUUAAAUCGACAGUUCAAUUAUUAUCGACUGAACCGAUAGUUCAAUUGUUAUCGACUGAAUCAACAGUGCUAUCUGCAGGGUCAAUUAAACAAACAAUGUCUUUACUUUCCGCAGAGACAACCGCUCCUUUUUCGCCGAAUGCAUCAACAGUGGUAUCUUCAGUGUCAAUUGAACAAACAAUGUCAUCAAUUUUGAAAGAAUCAACUGUUCCCCAAUCGCCGACUGAAUCAACAAUCCAAUUAUUAUCGACUGAAUCAACAGUGUUAUCUUCAAUGUCAUCACUUUCUACAGAAUCAUCAGUUCCCUAUUCAACAGUUCAUUUAAUAUUGACUGAAUCAGUAGUGCCAUCUUCAAUGGCAAUUGAACAAAUAAUAUCAUCACUUCCUAUAACUUCAACAGUUCACUUUUCGCUCACUGAAUCAACUGGAUUAUCCUCACAAUUAUUAACAACAACACCACCAAUUGAUGGUACACAACCAGACGAUACGAAUGAUCCAGAUCUGACUUUUCUUUAUGUUGUCAUUCCUAUAUUGUGUGCCAUAUUUAUUUUAUUGGUCGCUACAGUGUUAUUAAAAAGUGUACAAAUGAGGACCAAUCACUCAAGAUUUGAUGGAAACUCAUUGUCACAAAAGCGCCAUUCUAUAAACACAGUAACCACUAUUGUUACAGAAGACAACAAAACAGUUUUUCAUAUGGUUACAGCUCACAAGGCAAAUAUAAAUUUUACCGGUGAUCCAUGCCAAAGUUAUACACCAACUGACGAAUAUUGGUCUUAAAAGGUGACCAGUACCAAAUUCGACGAUCGACAAUGAUAGUAGCAAGCCGCAUCUUUUAAUUACUGAUGAAUUCGUUUUCAAAGUAUAUCGAUAAUAAUGCAUAACUAAAGACAUAACAAAACCAGUGAUUUACAAAUGAGAACAGUGUAUUUUGAUUUCUCAACGAGGAUCCAUCAGCUAUUAAAACCGCGAAUAGAAGAAAACACACUGCCUGUAGGAGUGUAAAGUAUAAUGAAAAAAUACCAUGAUGCAUAACGCAUGUUAUAUUAGAGUGUAUAAUCUGAGGGACAAUACAUGAAAAUCUCAACGUGCAAUACUAUGUAUAGCAUAAUUGUGUUUCAAAACAUAUAUGUUGUUAUAUGUUGUCAUCAUUAAAAUGAAAACAAAGCAUUUAAUAAAGUGACCUUACAUUUUCCUUAAAAAUGCUCAUUGAU